CCCGCCGCUGCUCCGCCGGUUUGAACUUGGCGGUCCUGAUGUGGGCGGCGGGGCGCUGGGGGGCUGCUUCGCCCUUUUUUGAUACUCGGUUCCCGGCUGGCUGCAGGGCCAGGUCUCGGCCUUCCUCUGGCUCCUUCUCCACCUUCAUGGCGGACGCCCGAGGGCAGGGGCUGGAAACGUUGGUGGUGAGCUCUCCAUCUCCGCCGCUGAGCUGCAGCAAUUCCACCAGGUCGCUGUUGUCUCCCCUCCGCCACCAGAGCUUCCAGUUUGACGACGACGAUGGGGACGCAGAAGAUGAAGAAGUGAACGGUGAUGCUCACGACUCAGAGGCCGAGGGGGCGAGCCUGGGAGGAGUGAAGUUACAGGGGUGCGCCAGUGUGGCCGAAUCCAAAGAUAACGGAGAAGAAGAGCAACAGGUGCGCCCACCAGAAAGCAGCCUGACCCCAUGGGAAAUGUGGUUUGUUGGCAAAGAAAAAGAAGAACGUGGCCGUCUGCACCAGAAAGCUCUGGAGGAAUUCAAUCAACAGCUAGAAAAAAGAAAAGAAGAGGAAGAACGUGAAAAAAGAAAGAUAAUUGCUGAAGAAAAGCACAAGGAAUGGGUUCAGAAAAAGAACGAACAGAAAAGAAAAGAAAGGGAACAAAAAGUCAACAAAGAAAUGGAAGAAAAAGCAGCAAAGGAACUGGAGAAAGAACAUUUACAAGAAAAAGCAAAAGAAAAAUAUCAAGAAUGGUUAAAGAAAAAAAAAGCCGAAGAAUGUGAGAAGAAGCGGAGAGAAAAGGAAAAAGAAAAACAACGUCAAGCUGAAUUACAGGAAAAAAAGGAAAUAGCAGAGAAAAAGUUUAAGGAAUGGUUGGAAAAUGCAAAAAAUAAGCCUCGUCCUGCUGCAAAGAGCUAUGGUUAUGCCAACGGAAAACUUACAGGUUUUUACAGUGGAACUUCUUAUCCAGAGCCCGCCUUUUAUAACCCGAUUCCCUGGAAACCAGUUCAUAUGCCUCCUGCCAAAGAAGCUAAGGAUGUAUCAGGAAAGAAGACAAGGAGGCCCGUGAUCAGCCAGCCACACAGGCCGUCGUCCCUGGGGACCAUCAAGGAAUGAAAAUUUAUUGUGGCACUCUAAAGUCAGUAAGUUCAUUUAAAAGUGACUUCAAUUUAGAAUAUAUCCCAUGUUUCUGCUGUUCUAGUUGUUUGCCGACUUUCCUGUGAGUAACCUGCAGUGGACUUCAAUGCAGGCAAACAGCAGUCAGAUCUCUGAAGGGCAUUCGUGUCGUCAGAAAUGUAGGAGAAUUCUGAGCAGAGAACAGUUUGGGAGAAGUGGACAGGAUGUGUUGGCCCAGAACAUUGGCGAGGUCUGCAGGCCUGACCUCUUCUCAGAACCUCUUAGAUACAGUGAAAUUUACAGAUGAUCACUCGACUUGAGUGAAAUUACCUAUGUAGAGAGAUUGAAGAAUUUGGCAGAGUAGCAAUAAAGUUGUGUGUGAAAAACGUGCAUAGGCUUGAAUUCCUGGGUGUUAGUAACAGUUGUUAUACCUAAGACACCUUCAGUUUCACUCAGUAGGUUAAAUCAUUUAGGCAUCGUUUAGCUAUAAACAUAAUCCUAAUAAGACUUUUCAUUCAAUCAGUAGUUAAUGAAUUUGACCAGUGUUAACUGAACAUUUACACUGUGACAGAUGUUUUGCAUAUUAGAGCAGCAAACAUUUAUAGCCUAGCCAGGAAAAUAUGACAGAGUAAAUGCUGUAAUAUACUAUGCUUCAAAUUGUGUUCAGAGUUUACCCGGGAACAGCCUGGGAAAGGGUUUAAGAAAGUCUUCAAAGGAUGUUACGUUUGAGUUGGUGAAAGUUAAGCAGGAAUUUUCUAGAUGGUCAUGAGGCUGACCGCACUCAUGGACGCAAGGUGAAAAGCGGCUGGUACAGAAGCAAGGGUCAGGGUGGAAAGGCUCUGUGUGCUGCAGAAAUUGGACUUGGUUCUGUGGGCUUGGGACAUCCUGCUUUGCUACUUUAAUGAUACGUUUAAAAAAGGUUUUGACUACUAUAUAGUCAUUGAAUAUUACAAUCUCGUUUUUCUUAAAGUCAGUAUACAAUACUUGAUAUUUUAGGCAUUACAAACUGCAUUAUACAUUUGAAAUUUCUAUUGUGGUUUUUAAAAUACCUCUUUGACUUUUAUGACUACUUUGAUUAGAAGUGCUCUGAAAUAUCUUAGUCACCUGUGUUGUCAACAAAUUCAUGAUCCAAUGGAAGGGACACACACAUUGUAGACCCAAGUCUGGGUUUGAGUCCCGGCUUUAUGUCUGCGCCUCUGGAAGGUGCCUUUUUGGUCUCAGUGUUCAGUGCCUUAUCUAACUGAGAAAUGUACUAUGGGGGACUAAAAAGGCACAUUUGUUUCUUUUCUAUAUAAUGAUAAUUCUGAUAGGGUGUACCAAUAUUCUUUUUUCUUUAGUGAUAGUUGAUUUACAUAAAAACUGACUUAGGCUAACACACCAGUUUUGACUGAUGCUAUACCAAAAAUAAGUUAGUCGGUGUUUAGGGCAGACUUUCAUUUGCUCCUAUGCUAAAAGUAGGAAGUAAAUACUGUCUUUAUAAUUUUCUUCAAAUUGACUCAAUGAAUAAUUUAUGAAGUGCCUACUGUGUGCUAGGUAGUAUUCUCCAUGCUGUGAAUAAAGGAGGGUCCCUGCUGCUCUAUGGAAUCUUCUGGAACAGUGAUAGGAAGCAAAUAUUAAACAUGUAAACUAAUAAUUUAUUUGUGUGUAUGUGCUGUAAAGAAAAUAAAACAGAGCAUUGGAAUAAACCAGUGAUUUUCAACCAGUAUGCCACAAGAAUUUUUAAAACAUGUUAACCCCUGACUAGUCAGGGGCAC